UCUUUGUUAUCUUCAAAAUUAUCAUCACAUACUUUCACUUGCUUUUUCAGGUUUACAUUUGGGAAUAUUGGGUCUCUUUUCUCUGCUUUCAUUCUCUGGAAAAUCUGUCAUAAUAGAGGAAAAUUUCUUUCAUGGCUCUUGUUGCAGUAAGCUCUGCUAUCAACAGUACUUUAGUGCCGCUGUUAUCGGGUGAAGUGAAAUUGUUGAGGACUAUCCACACUGAAGUUGCCAGCAUCAAAGCUGAAUUAGAAAGCAUAACAUCAUUCCUAAAAGAUGCAGAUUCAAGUCCAAAAUUAGAAAAUGAAAGGGCAAAAAAUUGGGUGAAGCAGGUACGGGAAUUGGCUUACCAGAUCGAGGAUGUCAUGGAUGAAUACAUACUUCACCUGGCAGAAAAUCGGCAACGACGUGGUUUCAUCGGUUUCCUUCGCAAACUCGCUCGCUCAAUCACUAAACUCAAGCCACAGCAUGAUAUCGCCUCUCAAAUUCAAGAUAUCAAAAUGAAUAUUAGUGAGAUCAAGAAAAGGGCUGAUAGGUAUGGCUUUAGUUCCUUAGAACUUGGUCAAGCACUAAAACAGAAGAGAAAGUACAUGAUGACCCUCGUGUUGCAUCCCUUUUCAUUGAGGAAGAUGAAGUUGUGGGCAUUGAGUCCACCCGGGAAGAACUGACCCACAGGCUGCUAAUCAGAGAAUCAAACCGAACGGUCACUUCACUAGUGUGUAUGGGAGGAUGUGGCAAGACAACUCUUGCCAAGAAAAUUUUUGACAACCAAAAAGUGGUUGAACACUUCGAUUGCCAAGCUUGGAUAUUGGUCUCUCAAUCAUACAAGAUGGAGGACAUCUUAAGAAGAGUGAUGAAGCAGCUAUGUCAGACAAGAAAGGAGUGCACACCUGGGGGAAUCGAUGCAAUGGACCAAAAUUCUCUCAUUCAUAUGCUGAGAGAAUAUUUACUUCAGAAGAGGUAUCUAAUUGUUUUUGACGAUAAAUGGAGUACUGAAUUUUGGAGAGUUGUAAAACUCGCUUUACCCAAAAACAGCAAAGGAAGUCAAAUAAUUGUUACAACACGCAGCCAAAAUGUUGCUUCUUUUUGCAAGGAAUCCUCAUCGGAUCACGUCUGCAAGUUGGAGCCCCUAAUUCAGGAGGAGGCUUGGAAGCUAUUUUGCAUGAAAACAUUCCAACGGGACUUCGGUGGUCAUUGUCCUCCCGAGUUGGAGAAAGUAUCCCGUGCCAUUGUUAGAAAAUGCGAAGGACUACCACUUGCAAUUGUGACAAUAGGCGCUCUCUUAUCGACUAAAAGUAAGGUUGAAUCCAAAUGGCAAAGAUUCUAUGAUAGCCUUGGAUCCGAGUUAGAAUGGAAUUCGGAUCUCACAAAUGUCACAAAAAAUUGUGUUGCUUAGUUACCAUGACCUGCCUUACUACCUCAAACCAUGUUUCUUGUACUUUGGCAUAAUACCCGAGGACUAUCAAAUCACCCGUGGAAGACUAAUUCGACUGUGGAUAGCCGAGGGUUUCAUUGAAGGACAGAAAGGAAAAACGUUGGAAGAAGUCGCAGAAGAACACUUGACUGAGCUCGUACAUAGAAGUUUGGUUCAAGUUUCAAAGACAAAAUUGGAUGGUAGAAUUAAAAGAUGUCAGGUACAUGAUGUAAUCCACGAGAUCAUCCUCGCAAAGUGUGAGGAGUUGAGUUUUUGCCAAAUUUUGGGAGAAGCAGAUCGAAGUUGGAACAAUGAAACUCGACGAUGGUCAAUGCUUCUGCAAAACAUAACGAAUAAGGAUUUGAAAACCAUGAGUAGUACCAAAUCAAGAAUUCGUUCCAUUUUUGUUUUCUCGGUGGGGGAGUUGCCAAAGAAACAGUUAUUGGGUACUCUAGCUGGGAAUUUCAAGCUUUUGAAAGUACUAGAUCUUCAGGGUGCUCGUCUUGAUCAACUUCACGAAGAAGUGGGAAAUCUUCUUCAUUUGCGAUACAUAAGUGUCAAGGGGACAGAAGUGAAGAUAGUUCCGAAGUCCAUUGGAAAUCUACACAACCUACAAACUUUGAACUUGAAAGACUCGCAGGUGUCUGUGCUUCAAAUUGGGAUCUUAAGUAAACUCCGUAAUUUGCGGCAUCUUAUCGAAAAUUAUGUAUUGGUGAUACAAGGAGGGAUUGGGCAUUUAGAAGAGUUGCAGACGUUGCAGAACAUAGAGGCAAAUGACGAUUUAAUCAAAGAGCUAGAAAAUUUGAGCCAAUUGAAGAAGUUGUAUAUUUUGAACCUGAAAGAGAACACGGAAAGGCUCUAUGUACCGCCAUAGAGAAGAUGAAUCACCUUCAAUCUUUGAACGUUGAGGCUACAAACAGUGACGAGAUUCUGGAUUUGCGUUCUCUUUCUUCUCCCCCCGAAUCUCUUCAGCAUCUCUACUUGCGUGGACAUUUGGAAACGUUGCCAAAUUGGAUAACUCAAUAAUCUAGUAGUUCCCUAAAUCUAAGUGGGUCACGGUUGACCGGUGCUCAUGCAAUAAAAGCUCUUCAAGCAUUACCUAAUUUGAUAGAACUUAAUUUCUUCAACGGGUAUGAUGGAGAACAAUUGUAUUUCAACGUCGGAGGGUUUCCGAAGCUUAAGUCGCUAUACCUCGGACACUUAAAGGGAUUAAAUUCAGUUAUAAUAAAGGAAGGAGGGGGAUUGCCCAUUCUCAAGGAGCUUCAAAUUGAAUUUUGCCCACAACUGAAGGAGGUGCCCUCCGGUAUCCGCAACCUCAGAGAACUCAAAUCUCUUAUCUUUUGCGGUAUGCCAACAGAGUUCUUAGACAGAAUGCAACCAAACAAAGGCCAAGACUAUUGGGUUAUUGAGCAUAUACCUAAUGUCCAGCUUUUAUGGAGAGAACUUAAAUGGCAUACUCCUCGGGAAUUCCAAGACGCAAGGGAAAGCAGAGGCUGAAUUGGGGGAGUUGAACAAUGGUCUGAACAACCCUGCAACAAUUAAAGGUUUGUCCUACUUUGAUUGCAAGUUUAGAUUUAUUGCAUAUCUCAUCACAAUGGCCCCUUUCUUCUUAAUUUUUUGUUUUGGUAUAUUUGUUCGUCUAUUCUGAAUCUUUUUCAUAUUUGUGUUAUAUUUUUGCAUUAAUCAUUUGUCUUCGGUACAAUUUUCUUCUCCCCCUUUGAACCUACUCAGGGUGGUUUAGGUGGGUACCUUUCAUUACAUGGUAAUUACCUCCUCAUUUUGUUC